AUGUAUCUUCCAGCAGCCAGGGCAGGCCCCUCGACGAUCGCCGUUCGUCGGCGACUGGUCAGAACAGCUUCGUCUAUAGCCAGAGCCGGCCCCGAUACAAGUCUACCACGGAGUGCCCCUUUAACGGCACUGGCACACGACACCUCUGACCAUUUCCCACCAUUCGCCUCGUCAUCACCUCGACCUAUCUAUCCUUCUACACCAACAACGGCCGAUGAUGAACUGUUGAAGGCUCACUUUGACGCCCCGAAUCACCAAACGACUGAUCCAUCCUCAUCGACCACUGGUCUAUUCCAAUUCCCUCCUCUGACUUCACCAAAGCGACUUCGACCGCUGACUGAACGAGCUCUGGUCCUGUGCAGAGCACUGCAGCAGCGUAUACAAAAUGCUCCGAUGGAUCCUACGGGUAGAGAACUUCGACUGGUGGUGAAGAAUUUCGACCGCCUGAGCGAUACGCUAUGCGGUGUCAUUGACCUCUGCGAAAAGGUCCGACAUUUGCAUCCCGAUCCAAAAUGGGUGCAAGCCGCUGAGGAGGCCAGCGAUCGUCUGAAUGGGUACAUGAACAUGCUGAAUGUGGAUGAGAAGAUGUAUCAAUCCUUACGAGCCUGCCUCGCCCAUGACUUUGCAGACCCUUUAUCCCAAUCCGAGAGAUCCAUCGCCAAAACCUUUGAGAGCGAUUUUGAAAAGUUUGGCAUACACCUCUCACCUCGUCAACGAGCCAAGUUUGUGGACCACUCCAACCGGCUUCUCGCUAUGAGUCGAGAUGUAUCGCACAACGCCCAAGCGGGGCCUUCAUCCGGACCACCCAUCCACAUACCGAACGCCGACAAAGUCCUGGCUGGGAUGGGAGCCCAGUUCAUCACCAAUCUCACAUUCGCCGGAGAGAACGAAGCGGUCAUCGAACCUGGAUCAUGGCAGAGCCAUAUGAUUCUUCGUUUCGCGCGUGACGGCGAGUUGAGGCGUCAGGUGUACAUCGGGAAUCAGAGAUACGAUGCGCAAAAGGUCGAGACACUCGAGGCCAUGUUGAGGGAACGGGCGACGCUCGCAGGCGUACUUGGCAAGGAGUCAUGGGCGGACGCAAUUCUGGUGGACAAGAUGGCACGCAAUCCAGCUCAGGUCAUGGGUUUCCUCAACUCCCUGGCCCAGCACCACAGGCCGGCAGCUUUGACCGACAUCGCAGCUCUACAAAGACUCAAAGCGAGCUCGUUGACUGGAAAUCACUAUCCGGAGGAGAAUCCUCAUACUGCCCAUCUACCCGCCUUGUCUGCCUGGGACAGGGACUACUACACUGAGAAAUACAUGUCGAGCUUGUCAUCGAAAUCAAUGAACUCCAUCUCGCAGUAUUUUACCGUUGGAUCAGCCCUUCUCGGCGCAUCGAGACUGUUCACGCAGCUGUACGGUAUCUCAUUCAAACCUGUCGCCAUGUCGCCUGGCGAGUCUUGGCACCCUUGGGUCAGGCGUCUGGAUGUGAUCGACGAGAAAGAAGGCCGAGUCGGGACGAUCUACUGUGAUCUGUUCGCUAGGGAAGGCAAAACUGCCCCAGCUGCGCAUUACACUGUACGCUGCGCUAGACGGGUCGAUGACGAUGACGCUGCUGGAGAUGGGUUGCCUGAAGAAUGGGACGCGCCUUACGGCCAAGGCUUGGAGGUGUUUGGAGAGACGAUGAGAGGGAAAGAAGGACGAUAUCAACUUCCGGUCGCAGUCUUGACCUGCGAUUUCGGCCUGGGAGAGGACACGAGACCUGCCUUAUUGUCUUGGCAAGAGCUCGAAACAUUGUUCCAUGAGCUCGGACACGCCAUGCACUCCAUGAUCGGCAGGACCGACUUUCACAAUGUGUCGGGAACGCGUGUUGCGACCGACUUUUGUGAACUCCCUUCUAUCCUCAUGGAGUAUUUUGUGUCCUCACCACGAGUCCUGUCACUGUUCGCCGCACACCACCAAACUGGAGAGCCACUCCCGCACGAUCUGUUGAGACAACAUCUGAAACUCAAAGACUCCCUCUCGGCCUUGGAGACUCAUCAACAGAUCCUCUUGUCAAUCUUGGAUCAGCAAUAUCAUACCAUCUCGCCUUCGGAUACUGGCUCACUCGACUCCACUGCAAUCUUGAAGGAUCUAACCAACACUGUCGGGGUCGUGCCAUUCGUCGAAGGGACAGCUUGGCAACCUCAAUUCGGACACCUGCAAUCGUAUGGAGCGACAUACUACUCGUAUUUGUUCGAUCGAGCAAUUGCAGGCAAGAUCUGGCACACACUGUUCAGCCAUUCGCUUGAAGACAACAUCAGUCGAAGAGGGGGCGAAGAGUUCAAGGAGAAGAUUCUGAAAUGGGGCGGAGGCAAGGAUCCCUGGGAACUCGUCGCCAGUGUCAUCGGUGGCGCUGAAGGAGACAUCAUCGCCAAGGGUGACGCUAAAGCCAUGGAAAUGGUCGGGGGCUGGAUGACUCAGCCGAGUGGAUCAGCCUGA